UUUGUGUUCUGCCGUGAAUGUAAAGAAGAAUACCAUGAAGGGGAAUGCCACACCUUCUUCAAAAGUCCAGGAGCCACAGCUCAGAUGGGAUUUGAAAUUGAUGAACAUGCAGCCAUGCAAGCUCGAUGGGAAGAUGCCUCCAAAGAAACAAUAAAAAGAACAACUAAACCAUGCCCUAAAUGCCACGUUCCAGUAGAAAAAGAUGGUGGAUGUAUGCAUAUGAAAUGCCCUCAACGUCAGUGUAAAUUUGAAUGGUGUUGGAAGUGUAGCCUUGAAUGGAACAGAACCUGCAUGGGAGAUCAUUGGUUUGACUGAUCCUUAAGUAGUCCUAUAAACAGCCAAGAGAUGAUAUGAUAAUAUACUAGUGAAACAACUGGAGCACAACCAAAGUUGCUUCAAACAAUAUCAGAUUCUAAACACCUUGCUCAGGCUAUGAAUUUCUCAUGAAUCUGAUUGUGAGGACUAAUUAGGAAGAUCUGAACAAUUGGUUUAUGUGUUUUUCACAAGCACCACAGAUCUAAUUAUUAGUAUAUAUAUUCAGAGGGUCAUUAUACCUCCUAAGUCCAACUUAGCAUUUAAAAAAAUAAUCAGAAGGGCCAGGCUAUCAUUUGUUAGGUACAUUACUGCUUACACGAAGAGGACUCUGUAAUGGUGCUUCCUCCCUUGGAAAUUAUGACAUUUCCUCUGCCAGCUUUUUUUUUUAAUUGAUUUAGUCUUUGAUCUGAAAACUAGGUAUCUAUUAUUGGGCAAAAUAAAGAACUAUGCAAAACUGGGCCUCUCAAAGCUGUUUAAGCUAUUAUGGUUUAUAUGUAUCAGCCAUUCAGUUUGUGGUUUUGUGUUUGAUGCUUUAAAAUUACAAAUUGUUAAUUUUCAAAUUACAUAGCAGUAAUCACAAGUGCAGUUGCAAGCAAGCAAGAUGAUACAACACAACUUGCCUUCUAAAACAAGGGUGUUUACAGUACAGUUUUUUGAUAGUGACCCAAAUUUUUACUGGACUGGUUUCCAGGCCUAAGCCACAGAGAAGAUAAAAAAUAUAGAUGCUUGUUUUCUUCUUUUGACCCAGUUAAGAUGUUUUCCCCCUUUGACCUGUGCAUUCCUAGCAAAUGUUAGAUGAGGUUGGCUAAUAUAUACAUUGGAAACUUAUGCAAAGCUUUUCCAUGUCAGCAUCAAUUUGAGCUAUGUGGCACUUUGCUUGGUACGAUAGAAACAUCUACAGUUCUGCUCGAGUUACCUCAAAAUCGUUAUAAAACUUUAUUUUUAGCAUUAUUUUUUUACGUGUCUUUGGAGAAGCUGUGCUCAUGUUUUAAAAGAUCUUGCUGCAUCCGUGUUUAAUCCACAAUAAAAGUUCUGGUGUUUUCAUGUUCUUGAUGGUAUGUGGUUACUUCAGAUUUAUUAUAAUGAAGCCAUUGUUAAGAUACUUGAAAGCAAUCACUCCUUGAAAACACUGAAUAGGUAGGUGGCUCACACAGUAUGCUACAUCAGAGCUAGUCAGCUUGCUUUGAUACUGUAUUUGCCAAUCCUCUAACUCAAAGCUUGAGGAUCCCAAUCACUUCUCAACAUCAAGAAUUUAAGGAGCUGCAUGUUGACAGAUGCC